ACAUGUCUCAGCAAAGGUCGGGGUUAUCAUUUCCCCACAUGCCACAUACUCGAUGUGUGUGGUUUUCGGGUAUUAUUUGAUUGCCCUAUGGACCUUUCAGCUCUAACAGUCUUUGCGCCGAUUCCUGUGGAUUCUUGCACCAUGCUUGAUGUUGAAGCUUCUGCUUGUUCAGCCCUUAAGUAUUUGGAUUCAGAGUCUUUCGAAAAUAAGAGGCGCAAAAUUGGAGCACCUCUUGAUGCAAGCAGUUUGAUACAUGCAGAACCUUAUUACAAAACUGUUAAAAGCUUGCACUUAUGGAAUAGUUCUUUUAUUGAUAUUGUAUUGAUCUCAAGUCCAAUGGGCAUGCUUGGAUUACCAUUUCUGACUCGCGCUAAGGGUUUUUCUGCUAAGAUAUAUGCAACUGAAGCCACAGCGAGAAUUGGACAGCUUAUGAUGGAGGAUCUUGUUGCAAUGAACAUGGAAUUGAGGCAGUUUUAUGGACCUGAUGAGUCUGGUUUCCCUCGGUGGAUGAAAUGGGACGAGCUUGAAAUGCUUCCGUUGGCAUUGAAAGAGAUAGUUGUAGGCAAAGACGGUAGCGAGCUUAGUGGUUGGAUGCCAUUGUACAGCUGA